GCGAAAUAUAGGCAGCCCUUGAAUCGUGCUGCCUGAACUGCGAAGCAUCUGAUGAUGAAGCGCGACUUGUCGCAGUCACUCGCCGCAGUCCGUUUCGCGAAUUGCUUUCCCAGCCCGUCUCAGUCUUGGCUCAAGCAGCCACCAAAUUGAACUUGACUUCGAACUCGACUCGUUCAACUGAACUUGACCCGAAAAGUGGAACUGGUCGCAGCACCAGACGAGACGCUGCCUCGACUGGGAUUCUCUCUGCCGCAAUGGGCACUCCUCGGUUCGCUUGACCCCGUACUAGGUGGCCAUCAUCUAGAGACUCUAGGGACGUUGCUAACAGAACACGAUCCCGUCUCAACACGUCUUCACCCGCCACAAACCAUGCCUUUUGUCCAUCUAUAGCCCUUGAAGGCCUUGCCACAACAGUAUGUUCCAUCGCAGCAUGAAGUCAGGAGAUGGCGGCCACUCUCGCGAUCGAUUCUUCCACUUUCUACGAGAAACAAAGGAGAACGCUCGAAUCGGAUGACGAUCUCCUCAAUCACAACCUUUGGGCGCUAAACUGGUAGGAACUGAUGACUGAUGGCACUGCAUAAGAAGCCUUUUAGCAUCGAGCGCACCUCUGCGUCCUAUUGCCGGUAAGAGUAAGGUGACCAAACUGUUGCGUCGACAUACUGUGAUGAUGCUCGUGGAUGGCCAGCUAUUAGGGCCAGCCCUGGACUGACCUCCACUGUUGACCAGCACGAGUCGACUAUUCUGAUCGACUGGCGGCACCAUUACUCGUUUCCGAAGUCCCAGACUCUAUUUCUGCCGGGAUGUGCACCCCAUGUUUUUCGGUCGUCGUUCUGUGGCUUUUCCAGGUGAAUUUAGCCGCCCACAGCCUUCGGCGCUUGUCGAACCACCUCCUGUCCAGUCAUAUCUCGGCCAUACAAGCCCUAAAGCACGCCGCAGCUAGUUCCAAGACGGAUCUAUGGCCUAACCUUUCACCUUGGAGGAUAUUUAUUGCCAGCUGUCGAUACGCUGGUGGGGAUUGCCGAUGGCUUCGAGUCUACAAUGCCCUCGUCUUCAAAGCGAGGUCCCAGUGGGGACGUUGACCAGAUAUCCUGCAGGUCAAUGGGAACGAAACUGGCAAUUCAGUUCGCACAGGUAUUUAAAGAUUAAUCCUUGCUGGAUAGAACCCCAACAUCCACGACGAGUACAAUGUUGGGUGCCGAUCCGGGAUGGUGUCUUCGGGUGGUUGCAGUCGGCUCGAGCAGUCGGCCACGGAGUAAGCCUUGAGCGCUGACUCUCUUCCUUGUCUUCGCAUGGCCAAUAUCCGACAUGCCGCACUGCGAUGUAGACACCCUUAACCUCUAAUGCAAGCCACACGCAGCCGUAUCAGCGGCUAUUCAUCCUCUUGCGGGGCCCGGGACAUCCUAGGUCGUCCAGAAAGCCACGGGCCAUGCCGAUAGUUUGGGCACGGCAAGGCCUGCAGCAGGUCGAGCUCUAGCAGAGCCAGAAUUAAAACUGCCUUCGCGGUUCGACAAGGCAUAGCAGUCCGGGGCUACAAUAGCACCUGCUAUGGUAGCACUUUAUGGUUUUAUGAUAUUUCAGGCACAGGAGACGAAACGACAUUCUGAGAGUACGCUCAUAUGUUGUCGCAAGCUCUCGCGGUUCGGAACCAUUGCAACUUCAGAUUUAAGGUCGUCAUCCUGUCCUGAGCCAGAUUCACUCUGCACGAUCAUCUCCUUCCUUAUUGACAUAUGUUUUCACUCGCAUUAACAUCGCCGAUCAUGCUAUCACCUCCUCGUCUGCCUCCCUCGCGGUCUUCAUCGCAGUGUCAACGGGUCCAAAAGAGCUUGAACUCGUCAAGAAGGGACAAGUUCCGACAAGGAAAGCUGAUACGGUGCUGGACGGACGAAGAGGAAUCUUACCUUUUUCGGAGUCGGAACCAGAAGCUCCCCUACAAGCACAUUGCCCAUCACCUCGACAAGUCCGAGCUAGCAUGUCGGCUUCAUUACCACCACAUGGUGGUGGGUCGGAAGGGUCAUCACGCCGACGAUUCAGAAGAUGAUGCCUCUGAGGCAGGCUCCGCCUCGUCUCCGAGAAACAGACCACCCGAAAACGGACGAGGAACUGGAACAAGCUGUCAAGGUCCUCAUCUGCCUCUGGAGCCUGCUCAGCCCGUGCCAGGUACCCAACCGUGCACCUUGCCAAGCUUCGACACCUUCAUCCGUGACACUUUCCACCGAAGGAGUGUCUCGAUGCCAGAAUCUGUCAACUCCGACGAGAGCAUAGCAUGGAACGUGCCCUCCCGAACGGAGACAUAUCCCAAGGUCAACAUGAGAUCAUACAGAAGACUUUCUGGAACGUGGUCACAAGGGGUUAUGGAUGUGCCUUCACCGACCUUGAAGGAGGAUGCCACUAAAGCACAGAGGUCGGGGGAUGUCUAUGCGGGAAAAGCCAGAUCAAUGGGUGAAGAUGCCAUACCUGGCGAACCAAGAGACGUACGGCUAUAGCCACAUACCUUUACAUCAGUUCCAUCAGUUCCAUGUAUCUCAAUUUGAGGGGAGGCUUUGGAUUUCGGUGGCUACCAUUGAUGCACACUGGUAAUAUGCUCCAUGUCCACCACCACGUCUAACGCGCCGGUGGGCUGAUUACAGAUACGCACGAAUUCCUUUUGUCAGGCGGCAUUGUUGACGCCCGUUACGGUUGAUAUUGCAAUCUUCACUUCAAUGCAUUUACGGCAGCAUGUAUGAUGUUUCUUUUGGUUUGGGGCCGAGAUGUACGGGUACCUUGCCGGCCUUGCACAAGGUGUUUUUGUCCAUCAUGUGCGCGGAACCCCAUGCCUGACAGGGGGCUGUCCAGAAGCCGCAGGUCGUCGAGGUCAGCUCAGAGAUUUACCUGGGCAGAGCAUACGAAGUGGAGCAGUCUCACGGCCGUUACUAGAGCGAGAGAAUAACACUGUGAACCACAUGCGGAAGCACAUUCGACGAUGGGUGGCUAGGCAGUAGGCCACGGUAUCGCCCUGUUGGGCUACAAUAUUCAUCAGGAUAGAACAAAGGCCGAGGGCAUCGGCCUUGCGAUCAGUACCCGAGUUAGGGAACAACGUGAUCACAGGCAGCGGUCAACUGUAAGGCGCCUGCUGCAGUUGAUCGAGUCACAGCAGAGGUCCGCAUCCAGGACACCAAUCUGAUGGAAUCAUCUCGAAAUCCCAGGCGUCGUUUGUAGGGCGUGUUUGUCUUCAUUGCUCUACCGACAGUGAUUCUCAGGCUGUGGUGCCAAAUUUAUCCUGGCACGGACGAACUCGGGCGUAUGCAUGGGGAUUAUAAUUAAUGCCGGUCACCUCGAGCCUGGCUUAUUAACGGGCUGCGCAGCCUGCAAAGCUGCUACUGUACCUACUACCUGGGGGCAGUAUGGUAGGUAAGCGCCUGCUCCCCG